UACGACAAAAAUGUAAACAUUCUGUGAUCGGCAUGUACGAAGAAUUCAAUAUUAUUAUAAAAUUAUUUAUAGAGAUGAAAUUGAAAUAGAAUCUUUUAUCUGGGUAUAGAAAUUGUUUAUGUAUUUAAUUCCAAGGUAGCACUGAUUUUAAGAGACAGGUAACUUUUGGAGAUGAACUAAUGCAGCGUAAAGACAAAAAUUAUUUUCAAAUAAAGUAGUGGAUUAUGCUGAAUAUAUACAGAUGAAAAUCGGAAAUCCUUUGCCACAGGAUCUAAAGAUAUUUUUGCUGUCAUAAUUUCGAUUUCAAUACUCGUACACACACACACAUACACACUCUCAAAAAUUAACGAAUAGAGGAUGGAGAUUUCUGCCAAAGAAAAUGAGGCUCACUUUAUUCGGGAUGCAUGUAAUAAGGAAAUUAGUGCUGAUACAAAUGUACAAACUCAAAAAUCGUUUAUUAACGAACAAUUCACGUGUGAUGUUUAUGGUAAGAUAGUUUCACCAGAAGGGCCAUUUAAUAAGCAUUAUUGUACUCAUAACAGUGAAAAACUGUUUUCUUCUGAUGUAUUCCAUAAAGAAAUUUCUGACAAAUACCAUCUAAAUGGGCAUGAUCCGAUUCAUGUGAAUGAAAAACCAUACUCUUGUGAUGUAUGCAAUCAAGAAUUUUCCGAGAAAGCGGAUUUGAGCGAGCAUUCUUGUAUUCCUAAUCUUGAAACAACAUAUUCCUGUGAUGUAUGCGGCAAAGAAUUUUCUAAAAAAUGCAAUUUAACAAGACAUUAUCGAAAUCAUUCGAAUGAAAAACCGCAUUCGUGUGAUGUGUGUGGCAAAGAAUUUCCCCUGAAAUAUAAGUUAACUAGGCAUUACCGGAAUCACACGAAUGAAAAACUUUAUUCUUGCGAUGUAUGCCAUAAAAAUUUUUCGCAGAGAAGUCGUUUGAUGAAGCAUUCUAUAAUUCAUACGAAAGAAAAAAUUUAUUCUUGUGAAGUGUGCGGUAAAGAAUUUUUUUGGAAAAGUAGUUUGAAUGACCAUUAUCUAAUCCAUACAAACGAAAAAAAGUUUUCUUGUGAUGUAUGUGGUAAGGGUUUUUCUCGGAAAAGUAAUUUAAAAGCUCAUUAUCGAUCUCAUACAAAAGAAAAAAUCUAUUCAUGUGAUGUAUGCAGUAAAGAAUUUUCUUGGAAAUGGGGUCUUCACCAACAUUAUCGGACGCAUACGGGUGAGAAGCCUUUUUCUUGUGAUAUAUGCAGAAAACAAUUUUCACACAAAAAUAUUUUAAAUAAUCAUUAUCAAACUCACACAAAUGAUAAACCCUUUUCUUGUGAUGUAUGCAAUAAAAAAUUUGCUCGGAAAAUUCAUUUAGAGGUGCAUUAUCGAAUUCAUACACAAGAAAAACCUUUUUCUUGCGAUAUAUGUAGCAGAUGUUUUUCUCAGAAGAGUACGUUGGAGAAGCAUUAUCGAAUACAUACACAAGAAAAACCCUAUUCUUGUGAUAUAUGCUGUAAAAAAUUUGCACAGAAAAUUGCUUGGAAAGUACAUUAUAGAACCCAUACAAAAGAAAAACCUUUCUCUUGUGAUCAAUGCGGUAAAGAUUUUUCUCAUAGAAGUUCUAUGAAUAAGCAUUAUCGAACUCAUACAAAAGAAAAACCUUGUUCUUAAUAUGUAUACAGCAAAGUAUUUCCUCGAAAAUUUGAUUUGAAUAGAUAUUAUCGAAUUCAUACAAAAGAAAAAGUAUUUUUGUGAUGUAUCUGGCAAGAGAUUUUCUACUGAAAUUUAUAUAAGGAUAUAACACAAACAUUAUCAUUCUGAUGUAAAAUAGAACCAUAAUUUUGUAGAGCCUAAAGUAAUACAUAUAUUUCAGAUGCAGCUACUGUUUUGAGCUCAUAUUAUUAGGAUAUCUGACGAUCUCUGUGCAUAUUUUAUUAGAUUUCUUUAUGUAUUCGUCAAUUUCAUUUCAAGUGUCAUUAAAUGCAGUAUCUUUCAGAGGUGUCA